UUUUAAAAAAUAAUGUAGACUUCUCAAGAAUAAAAAUAAAACAAAUGAAUCAAGCAAUUAACUACGAAUUUUCCAGUUCUGUUUCCACGCAUACUAGUCUGUUUUCUUUUCCCCACAGUUACUUAUUACAAAAGAAAAGGUUGUUAAAUGCUUUCUGUCAAGCCUUCUUCUCAUUCACAUUUAUGAAUUCUAAUUAUUCUGUGAUCCUUACUUGCAGUUCUUAAAGUCAAAAGAAGGAUCCAAGAAUGAAUAUUGCAGCCAGGUUUCACGCAAUGGAUUGUUAAUUUGCUUGAGGAUUCGGGUUACACGAAAGAUCAAGGAGCUAGCUGCUGAAGUUGCCUGAUGUGAUCCCACAUUCAGAGUCAGGCCUGUGGGUAUGUUGAAUAUUGUGCAGGAGAUUGCCAUCUAUAUUGAUAGGUUUCACAAUCUUGACCUUUUUCAGCAGGGAUGGUAUCAAAUCAAGAUUACUAUGAGAUGGGAGAAUACCGAAUGUGUCUCUUUUGGAACUCCAGCAAGAGUUGUUCAAUAUGAGGCCCCCGAUAUGGGUUCUAGCAGUAUAUAUGGUGCAUGGAGGAUUGAUGAUACAGACAACAGUUUCUCAACGCAGCCCUUUCGGAUAAAAUAUGCUAGGCAGGACAUUCAUUUAUGCAUGAUGAUAACAUUCAGAUUUUUACUUGAUGCAUUUGAGGGCUUGCCUACAACUGCUGUUAUUAUGAAAUUUGAGCUUAUGUAUGCUCCCACAGUUCGGAAUGUUUCUGACUCACAAGCUUUUCUGGAUGCAUCCUCUUGUGCUGUCCAUGAAUUUCGACUUCCCCCUAAAUCCCUUUCAGGAUUGCACUCAUACUGUCCUGUCUAUUUUGAUGCUUUGCAUUAUGUGCUCGUUGAUGUAAGCGUGCACGUCAGUAUACUGAAAGCCACUUCUUACCAUUCUGCAUUGAAGGAAUUGGGUGGUGUUGUAGAUAUGAAAGAUGCCAUGCGCACUAAAGCAUUAGUAACUGCUCAUGAUAUAUUGCUUGAAGAACUGUUAAAGUUUAGUAAAGCAAUUGUUCAAACAAUUGAUAUUUCAGAGUUUGUGUCAAAAGGGAGUAAUGUGAAGUUAAUAAAUUCUGUUCUGCAAGCAAGUCGGGUUACUACCAAUGUUGGCGUUUCAGUACAAGGCAAGCCACAAAAUGGUCUUGAGGGACUUAAUGGUGCUCUGGCUUUUCAGAAUGCUGAAGAACUUUGUUCCUUAUCAAAGAGUGAACUGUCGGACUGUUUUAAUUCUCUGGGAGAUCAAAUGCUGUACUUAUGGAACAAAUUUUUAAAGUUUCAUAGGGAAAACAAAACAAAAGUUCUAGACUUUUUACGUGAUGUCUGGGCUGAGGAUCGGAAAGCUGAGUGGUCAAUAUGGAUGCUACACUCUAAGGUAGAGAUGCCGCAUCACUACAUAAAAUGUGAGAGUCAUGGUUCUUCCAACAAACCUAAGCAUAGAAGAUUUUCCAGUUCACUAAAGAUAUCUAAUGAGCCUCCUCAGACUGCAGCAACACGUGCAGAACUUCAUCGAAGGAGCAUCACACAAAUGAGGAUCAACAAUCGGUCAAUUCAAGACAUGCAUAUAUUUGGAGAUCCUUCACAUAUGCCCAUUGUUGUUGUUGAACGUGUGAUGAAUGCACCACGGCGCACGAUCAGUGAUACUUCAUACAUGAAACAUGUUGAGCUUAUGGAAUCACAUAGCCUACAAACACAGCACAACUCUGCUACUGUAGACGACCAAUUGGUAUCAAAAGUUAAUGCUUUUACACUGAAGAUUGUUGUCUUCGUACAUGGGUUUCAGGGGCAUCAUCUGGAUCUACAGCUUGUCCGAAAUCAAUGGCUUUUGAUAGAUCCCAACAUAGAAUUUCUGAUGUCCGAGGCUAAUGAAGACAAAACUUCUGGAGACUUGAGAGAAAUGGGGCAAAGGCUAGCUCAGGAAGUUAUUUCUUUUCUUAAAAGGAGGAUGGACAAAGCAUCUAGAUCUGGUCACUUGGGAGAUAUUAGAAUAAGUUUUGUUGGGCAUUCUAUCGGUAAUCUCAUUAUAAGAACAGCAAUAGCAGAUAACAGCAUGGAGCCAUAUCUAGGAUACCUACAUACGUAUCUUUCUUUAUCUGGUCCACACCUCGGAUAUCUUUAUAAUUCAAGCUCCACAUUUAAUUCGGGAUUGUGGCUUUUGAAGAGACUAGCAGAGAUACGGUGCAUUCAUCAGCUCACUUUCACAGAUGAUCCGGAUAUCCAAAAGACGUUCCUCUAUAACUUGUGUAAGAAGAAGACCUUGUACCAUUUCAAGCAUAUUAUAUUGGUUUCUUCCCCUCAGGACGGUUAUGUGCCGUACCACUCUGCUAGGAUUGAAUCGUGUCAGGCAGCUUCACAUGACACUUCAAAGAGGGGAAGAGCGUUCCUAGAGAUGUUGAACAAUUUGUUGGACCAAAUCCGUGCCAAUCCCUUGCAUCAUCGAGUGUUUAUGCGUUGUGAUGUCAAUUUUGAUACGACUGCCUUGGGGAAGAAUUUUGACUCCUUCAUUGGCAGGGCUGCUCAUAUUGAAUUUCUCGAGUCUGACAUUUAUGCCAGGUUCAUUAUGUGGUCUUUCCCACAGUUUUUUCGCUAACAAUUUCUCCACUUUGCCCUCUCUUCAAUAUUCAGGGGUGAUCUCAAAUUGAUGUCAGGGGCUUAAAACAAAUGCAUCAGUUUGCAGUGCACUACGUCUAAUCUGUAUUCUUUCUCCCACUUGGAAAUUUCUGUCAAAUUGUAUACAUAUUUUUUUAGGACGUGUUCCGAGGAACCAACUGAUAUUAUCAUGUUAGGUUACACAACUGGAAGUCAGUAAUUGUUUCCCUCUUUCUGUCGCUU